AUGGAUUACCAUAUACUGACUAUUCCCUUUACUACAGAGUCUAAGGGAGAGUCACACUUAAGUCCAGAUAUAGGUUCGCCAUCACAAACCGGUGUAACAGAAGACCCUUGUGGGGCCCCAGAUGCUUCUGGUCUAAGUCGAAUGUCACCCAGUGCCACCACUCUGUUCCAAGUUGAGUCGAGCACUGCUUUCUCUCCUGACGAUAUUGGAGCACUGUUGAAAGCAAACCAGAAGUUAAAUGACUUGGAUCCAACACGUCAGUUCGUGACUGCACCUUUUAGAACAUGGCGAAAACUAUCUGACAGGACGCUAGCUCGUGGCAAGCUUGAUUACCAUCUUGCUUCUCUGGCAAAGAUGAGUGCAUUCUUGGAUUGUUAUAGUAACCCAUCACAAGCGAUUGACACAGUGCUUGUAUCCGAGGCUCGGAAACGGAUGAAGGCUAACAAGAAAGUGAUUUCGCCUCUGUUAAAAAUAGUUUUGCUGUGUGGAAAACAAGGCAUAGUGUUUCGUGGCCAUCGUGAUGAUUGCUUCAACUGGGAGGAUACUGAGUAUGAACACUCAAACCCAGGGAAUUUCAUUGAGCUUGCAUGCUUUAGGGCUGAAACUGACAAUAUUCUCUCUGAACAUCUCAAGAACUCUCCAAGAAAUGCUAGAUACACAUCCAAAACGAUUCAAAACGAAUUGAUUGAAGUGGUUGGCAAGUACAUCUGCAACAAAAUCAUAGCAGAGGAAGUAUUCAUUGCCUUUGUCUCGGUAGAAAGGAUCACAGGAAAGAAUAUUGCUGCAGCAAUUAUAAAUUGGAUACAGACAGUUGGAUUGUCACCAAGUGAUAUGCGAGGGCAGUGCUACGAUGGAGCCAGUAACAUGUCUGGAGCAAAAUCAGGGUGUAGUGCUGCUAGUCAACAGCAAGCUCCAAAGGCUGCCUAUUUCCACUGUGCUGCUCAUCAAUUGAAUCUUGCUGUAGUGUCUGCAUGUAAGAUCCAAGCAUUCAUGAAUGUUGAGGCAUACAUCGGAGAAAUUGCAAGGUUCUUCGCAUUCUCUCCCAAAAGGCAACGACUGUUUGAUAAGACAAUGGAUAAAUUCCUUCCAGAAGCCAAGGCCCGAAAGCUCAAAGACGACUGUAAAACAAGGUGGGUUCAACGUAUUGAUUCGUACACAGUCUUUCUUAAGUUGUUACCGGCACUUCACACAUUUCUGCAAGCUAUGGUUUUUCCAGGACAACACAAAGACUUUGGUACUGAUUGGGGCUGGGAUGGCAAUACAAUCACAAAGGCGAAUUGCUAUCUUUAUUAG